CAGCCACCAGCAACCAGCGAGUGCUGGCCACCAGUUUGUCCUCCCCCACGCGAACAAACAAACCGUCCACCAUCCGGCGAAGCCACCAGGGACCACUGGGACUGCCAUGAAGCUGCAAACUAGAAAACCACACUUCUCCGACCCGCAGUCCUCGGUUCUCGGCGGUUUUUGUAUCGGGCGGAAAAAUGGUUUCAGCACCAGCUGCGGGACUGCAGCUGCUCUAGUGCCAAUAACUUCAACCCAAAGCAGUUCAUCAACUUCUUGCAACUACUCGUCCUCAUCCCAGCUGCAGCCCUGUAGUGCGGGCACUACAACCACCAGCGCAUUUUUACC